CCCGAUUGUCCAUUCUGUGUUCGUAUCCGCAGCUCUCCGUCUGUCGUCUGGGCAAAAAAUCCAACCGUUCCAUCUGCAGCUUCAAUCAAUUCCGAGUUUUAACUAUUAAAGAUGGAGCCACUCGGCACCUUCGGAAAGCUCCUUAAUGCCGUCACCAUUCCCGGAGUGCUGUUGGCGCUAGCCGCCUGCUUUGUGACACACACCCUAUACCAGUGGCGCCGGCUCUCGCAUAUCAAAGGACCCUUCUGGGCCGCCUUCUCCAAGUACUGGAUGGUGAGGGAAUCGCUGAAGGGACGACAGCCCACCGCCAUCAAAGAAGUCACCGACAAAUAUGGCUCGCUGGCGCGCAUUGGGCCGAAUGAGCUCGUGACCGAUGAUCCGGAGGUGCUGAAAAAGAUGAUGGGAGUUCGCUCCGCGUACGAAAGAGGCCCAUGGUACGACGCGAUGCGAUUUGACCCAACGAGGGAUAACUUGUUCUCGAUGCGCGAUGAGGUUGCCCAUACCAAGCUGAGAAGCAAGAUGGCGGCAGGGUACUCGGGCAAGGAGAAUGAGUCGAUGGAGAGCACGAUCGAGGCCCAGAUUGCGAAGCUUGUUGAGCUGAUCGAAACCAAGUACCUCUCAACGGCCGGGCAAUAUCGCCCAAUGGAUCUCGCCCAGAAGGGCCAAUACUUCACCCUGGAUGUCAUCAGCAAUCUCGCAUUCGGCCGGGCCUUUGGGUAUCUAGAACAAGACGACGACGUGUUUGACUACAUCAAGAUCACAAGCUCGUUUAUUCCGGUCAUGCUGGUCCUGGCCAACGUACCAUCACUGGCAAAUCUGCUGCAAUCUCGUUUCUUCCGAGGACUGAUGCCCAAGGAAAGCGACAAGCUCGGUUUCGGUGCUUUCAUUGGCGUCGCAAAGAAGGUUGUGGCAGAGCGCUUCGGACCCAGCGUCGCGUCGCAGCCCGACAUGCUCGGCUCCUUCAUCCGGCACGGACUGACCCAGGAGGAAGCGUCCGGAGAGGCCCUGCUCCAGGUCGUUGCUGGAAGCGACACGUCGGCAUCCACCAUCCGCGUCGUGAUGUUGAACCUCCUGAGCAACCCGGCAGCGUACAGAAGACUGCAGAGAGAAAUAGAUGACGGCAUCGCCGCGGGGAAGAUCUCCUCGCCGAUCCGCGACGCCGAAGCACGCCAGAUGCCCUAUCUCCAGGCCGUGAUCAAGGAAGGACUCCGAAUCAUGCCGCCCGCGGCCGGGACAUUCUUCAAGACCGUGCCACCCGGAGGCGACGUGAUUGACGGCAAAUUCAUCCCCGCCGGCACCCAGAUCGGGUCCUCGCCCUUUGGCAUCCACCACUCCAAGGAGCUCUUCGGUGCAGAUGCCGAGCUCUACAGGCCCGAGCGCUGGCUGGAAGCGGAUGCGGCGCAGCUGGCGAAGAUGACCAAUACGGUUGAUCUUGUCUUUCACUAUGGCAAAUACCAGUGUCUCGGCAAAACCGUGGCACUGAUGGAGUUCAACAAGAUAUUUGUCGAGCUCUUAAGAAGAUUUGAUUUUGCGAUUGCUCAUCCUGAGAAGCCAGCCGAGAUCAGCAACGCGGGAAUUUGGAUCAUAGAGGACUUCUGGGUCCGAGCUGCGCGACGACAGCCAGAGGAAGUGUUGUAAGCAUCAGGUAUAAUAAUGUUUAAUACAUCAAUCGGCACAUAAGCACACAUGGUGUUACAAUUCCCCCCAUGAAAAGACCAAGUCCUGUCAUACUCUGUGGGUCGCCACGAUGAUGUCUACCUAGCCGCUUGAGCAAGGUUUGUCGCAGACUAAAGCUGCUGGAAAAUUGACUUGAGUAAGUGUAUUAAAUACGAUAUAUCACGGCUCAGGCCCAGCGAAAGAAGUCCACAGCGUAUUGCGGUCAAUGAAUUUCAACAAAUCUGGAAAGCGUAUAAAAGGAUUGGUCGUGACAGAUAUAGAAACUUCGUACCGUUCA